AUGGAUCUAGGAGAGGUACCGGAAGAGUUAUCUCGUUUGACUGAUCUAGAAAAACUAUUGAUAGCUCGCGUACACCCAGUUAUGUCUGUGUAUAGAGUGAAAGGACAGCAAUACAAAUAUAGGGGAAAUAUUAUCAAUUUUGUACAAGAUGUAAAUGCAAUUGCUUCUGUGCUUCCAUGUAAACCAAGAGAUUUGUCAGCCAUUUUGAUUGUGAAGAGGUCAGGUAGUAGGUCGACAAAGGAGUUUGUGGUACGUAGAGAAUAUGUGCGUCAAGCUCUAGAGUGGUUGAAAGAACAUCAUAAACAUUAUCAAGAUAUAAACAUCAGUUAUGACAACAUUGACAAUUUGCUUGAGAACGGUGAACCCGAUGACCUUCCACAGAUCAAUGAGAAUUCUGACCAACAGGUUCAUUACCAUGAAGAUAACUACAAUAGACCCCCAGAGCUGCAGGAACAAGUUCUCCAUAUCGAUGAAUUCCAAACAGUAGGUACCAUUAGUGCGUAUGUACAACCUGAUCAACAAAGAUGUAUCAUAAGAGCUUUGGAGAUAGAUGAGGUGGAUCAGACUACUACAGAACUUCCGUUCACCGGGGAAGUUAUUGACGAGUUCACGAAGGUAGGAUAUAUAACCAUGGCAUUUUCAACUUUAUUCCCGUACGGCAAUGCAGAUUUGAGGCAAUCAAGGGCCCGAAAGGUUAGUGAAUGCCGGUAUUUUCAAUACCUAAGGAAGUUUCCGGAUGGACGUUUUGCCCGAGACUCCAGAUUUCGGUACUUCGCGUUAAAUUUAUUAACUAGGUGGCCAGCUUUGUCGUUAGGGUCUAUUUAUAUUAAGAAUCAUCCAUCUGAUGGAGAACUCUCUAUAGAAGCUAUUAGGGACAUGAUUUCAUCCGGGGACAGCCGGUUAGUGUCACGAGUUUCAUAUUGUGCUAAGCAGAUACGAGGUACUCGAGCUUAUUGGUAUACUAGAUUAAAAGAGCUCAUUGCCAUGGUCAAGCAAUUGGGGCCGCCUACUAUCUUUUUCACCUUAAGUGCGGCAGAUUUGCAGUAG